AUUAAAAGUUCUAAAGCAUAUAUCAUGUUAUACCUCCCUCUUUUGGACGCAGCAGGAACAACAUGGCGCGUAAAAUCUGAGUAUCUGGCUUUAUCUGCAUUAGGGACACCGCUUUCGCCAAAAGUUAAUGAGAAUUAUUUAUAAAAUUACCCAUUCAUUUUAUUUUAUUAACAUCUGGCCCUAUCCCAACCCUAAAACCAAUCAUUACAGUAAUGUAAAACCACUAAUUAUACCGAGUGUAAUUCAUAUUAUUUAUUAAAUUACCCAUUGAAUUGUAUUUUAUUAACGUCUACCCUAAAUCCAACCCUCACAGUAAUGUAAAAGUAUGAAUUAUUGUUGUACUGUAUCACACAAAUUAUGCUAUAUUAAUGUGGGUAUCCGAUUCCGCAGCUGUAUCCAUUCUAGACCUUACCGUCUGCAGCCACUAGAGAGAGCUCAUUUAUUUAUUUUAUUUAUUUAUUUUCUGAUCAGUCUGGGUCUAUAAAAACGGCGAAAGAAACAGAAUGGGUUAUUAAACGUGUACAUAUUGUGUUCUGAGGCUUGAGUUUAUUUUUAAAUGACAAAUGAAGAUUACACGGGUUUUUCGACAGCUUCUACCUUAAAAUGGCGGAUACGUCACAGCUGAAGGUGCAUUCCUUAUUUACUCCUAUUUCAGUGCCGUUAGCAGCACAUUAAACGUAAAAAAAGAGCUGAUAGCGUUUGCAGUUCAGUUUAAUAUGAAAAUCAGCUUCUCAACACUGCAGCACAGUUUGUUGAUCUAACAUGAGUCUCCAAAAGCAAGGAGUGGAGGAGAAGGACGAGGACACGGACUCUGAAUCAAACUCUGAUGAACCCACAGAGAGUCUGCCCAGUGACCAGACAAUGACCUCUAACCUCAGUAUCAGCAGGCGGAAGAGACCGAGAUCAGCGUCUCCAGAAUCCAGCGGCGUGUCUGUGAAGAGUGACUGGUCCAUUAAUCCACCUCUUAAUUUUAGUGAUGCGUUGGUGACCUCUGACCUCAGUAUCAACAGGAGAGAGACACCGAGAUCAGAACCCAGCGGCGUAUCUGUGAAGAGUGACUGGUCUAUUAAUCCACCUCUUAAUUUUAGUGAUGCAUUGGUGACCUCUGACCCCAGGAAGGAUAUAGAUCAGAUGAUCAAACCCGGGGUGUCCUCUUCAUCCCACUAUAAGACUCACGUCAUGCAGGAGGACACAGAAACUGUCCUGCAGACACAAACACUGGAGACUGGAGACCUGCAGAGAGUCAAGGACCAGCAUAAAACCAGCAUGAAGAACAAGUAUGAGCAGUUAUUUGAGGGAAUUAAAGUAAAAGAGAAUCGAACCCUCUUGAACCGGAUCUACACCCAGCUGUACAUCAUAGAGGGAGAGAGUGAAGGAGUGAAUGAAGAACAUGAGGUUUUACAGAUGGAGAAAACAGCCAGAACAAAACACUCACAACACACUCCAAUCUACUGCAAUGACAUCUUUAAAGAGGAGAAAGAGCAAAUCAAGACUGUUCUUACUAAAGGCAUCGCUGGAAUCGGAAAAACCGUCUCUGUGCAGAAGUUCAUUCUGGACUGGGCCGAGGGAAAAGCCAAUCAGGAUGUAGAUUUCAUGUUUGUGCUUCCAUUUCGAGAGCUGAACUUGAUCAGAGAUCAUCAGUACAGUCUUCACAGACUUCUGCUGGACUUUCAUCCUGAACUUGAAGAUCUGGAGCCCAAGAUUUAUGAGGAGUGUAAAGUUGUGUUCAUCUUUGAUGGUCUGGAUGAAAGCAGAAUCACACUGAUGUUUUCAGACGCUCAGAAAGUUUGUGAUGUGACUGAGACUUCAUCAGUGGCUGUGUUGAUGUCAAAGCUGAUGAAAGGAGAGCUGCUUCCCUCUGCUCUCAUCUGGAUCACCUCCAGACCAGCAGCAGCCAAUCAGAUCCCCUCCAAAUACAUCAAGCGUCUGACAGAAAUUCAGGGAUUCACUGAGCCUCAGAAGGAGGAAUAUUUCAGGAAGAGAAUCAGUGAGCAGCAUCAAGCCAGCAGAAUCAUCUCACACAUCAGAAGAGCAAGAAGCCUCCACAUCAUGUGCCACAUACCCGUCUUCUGCUGGAUCUCAUCCACUGUGCUUCAGAAGCUCCUGGAAGAAGAUCUGAGUGCAGAAAUCCCUCAAACUCUGACUGAAAUGUACAUCCACUUCCUGCUGAUUCAGAUCAACAUGAGGAAUCAGAAGUAUGAAGAGAGAGAUCCAGAGAAACUCCUGCAGUCCAACAGAGAAGUGAUUGUCAAACUUGCUGAAGUGGCUUUCAAACAGCUGAUGAAGGGCAAUGUGAUGUUCUAUGAGGAGGACCUGAUUGAGAGCGGCAUAGACGUCUCUGACGCGUCAGUGUAUUCUGGGAUUUGUACUGAGAUCUUUAAGGAGGAAUCUGUGAUUCAGCAGAGGAAAGUCUACAGCUUCAUCCAUCUGAGCAUUCAGGAGUUCCUCGCUGCUUUUCAUGUGUUUUACUACCAUGUGAACACAACUAUGGUGGUACUGAAGACAUUUGCUUCAUUGCAAAAAUUGCUUAAAGGUGCUGUAGAUGAUGCCAUUGAGAGUGAGAAUGGGCAUCUGGAUCUGUUCCUGCGGUUCCUGCUGGGUGUCUCACUUGAGUCCAAUCAGAGACUCUUACAGGAUCUACUGACACACACAGAGAAGAGCUCAGAGAGCAUCAGGAGAAGCACACAGUACAUUAAAGAGAAGAUCAGAGAUGGACAUGGACUCUCCACUGAAAGAUCCAUCAAUCUGUUCCUCUGUCUGCUGGAAGUGAAAGAUCAGACUCUGUCCAGAGAGAUUCAGGAGUUUGUGAAAUCAGACAAACAGUCAGAGAAGAAACUCUCUCCUGCUCACUGCUCAACAAUCGCCUACAUGCUUCAGAUAUCAGAGGAGGUGCUGGAUGAGCUGGAGCUCCAGAAAUACAACACAUCAGAUGAGGGCAGAAGAAGACUGAUACCAGCCGUCAGCAACUGCACAAGAGCUCUUCUUGCUGGCUGUAAUCUCUCUGCUCAGGAUUGUGAAAUUGUGUCGUCAGUUCUUCAAUCCUCAAACUGUGUCCUGAGAGAGCUGGACCUGAGUAACAAUGACCUGCAGGAUUCAGGAGUGAAGCUGCUCUCUGAUGGACUGAAGAGUCCAAACUGUCAGCUGGAGAUACUGAGGUUGUCUGGCUGUAUGGUGACAGAGGAAGGCUGUGGUUUUGUGUCUUCAGCUCUGAGUUCAAACCCCUCACACCUGAGAGAGCUGGAUCUGAGCUACAAUCACCCAGGACAAUCAGGAGUCCAGCUGCUUCAACACACACUGGAGGAUCCACUCUAUACACUACAGAAACUCAAUUUAGAUCAUGGAGAACAUUCAAGAAUCGCACCAGGACUGAAAAAAUAUGCACUUCAUCUCACGCUGGAUUCCAACACCGCACACAAUAAACUCAUCCUGUCUGAGGAGAACAGAACAAUCACAUUUGUGGAAGAGUGUCAGCCGUAUCCUGAUCAUCCAGAGAGGUUUGCGCACCAUCCUCAGAUUCUGAGUCGAGAGAUUCUGACUGGACGCUGUUACUGGGAGGUUGAACGGAGUGGCUCUGGUGUUGAUAUAGCAGUGGCUUAUAAGGAAAUCACCAAGAAAGGUGGGAGUGACUCUUGGUUUGGGUACAAUGAUAAAUCCUGGAGUCUCUAUUGGUAUACUAAUGGAUUCACUGCAUGGCAUGUAAAUGAGAGCCAUCCCAUACCAGCUCUUUCAGCACCCUCUAAUAGAGUAGGAGUGUAUGUGGACGUGUCGUCCGGCUCUCUGUCCUUCUACAGUGUCUCUGACACACACACACUCACACACUUACACACAUUCAACACCACAUUCACUGAACCCCUCUAUGCUGGAUUCAGAGCGUAUCCUCAAUCCUCGGUGUCUCUGAGUCAGAUUGCAGACUGAGACAUCACAAACAACCGAGAUGUUGUUCAAUUACAAGUAGUUAGCACUUUAAUCAGUUUUUGGGUUUAAUUUAUUGGAAUAAUUUAUUGUACAAAAUCUUAUGCUAAAUGACCGAAUGUAAAUGUGCACAUCGCUAAACAAACGUAAUCGCAAUGGCUUAUCGUGUCCAUCUAGUGUGUUUACAUCGAAAAGGAAAAACUGUGUAGCUAAAGAGUUUCAGUUCCACUGUAUUACAUAGCAGCUGACUGUAAAAUAUUUGGAUUAUAUUGUAAAUUUCAUGAAUGGGCGUAUUGCACAGAUGGCUCCUAUCACAGUAUCAUACUUGCGUUCACUGAGCAACCCAUUGGGGCAGGUGUGUGCUGGAUCAGGUGUGUGCUGGAUCGGCCCAGCAGUGCUGAUAUACAGCCAUAUUGCACUGCUACUCAUGUGAUAUUGUGUUUAUACAACAGUUCAAUGGCAUAAUCAUGUGAAUAAUAAAGCAAAUCAAACACAGAGGAUCUCAAAAA